UGGGUGUGCUCCCGAGCACCUGCACUUUUUCCUCCUGUUUCUGUUUCCCUAUUCACCAUCGGACCAAGGACUCCCAACACUGUAUACCUUUUGUAGGACAGUAAGCCUCCGUUAACUCGCCACAAUGGCGAUCGUUCACAGCACCCGCGUGUACAAUUGGUAUAUUUCCAUGGUAGCUGCCAGUUGUAUGGUGCUAUACGGAUAUGAUGCUUCAGUCUACAACUCCGUGCAAGGCUCAUCCAACUGGGUCAAUUACUUCAACAAGCCAGCUGCAAAUGUCAUCGGUGCCGUCAAUACCGCCUAUACUGUCGGCGCGAUCGUUGCUGGCUUCUUCCUAGGUGGUCCUAUUGCGGAUCGCUUCGGGCGACGAUGGGGAAUGGGUAUUGGGUGCUUUUUGACCAUCAUCGCGACAUUCAUCCAGACAUUCGCACCAAGACACAGUAUCGGUACAUUCAUUGCUGGCCGAGCAAUUAUUGGUAUCGGCCAGGGUAUUGCAUUGACCGCCGGCCCGAUUUACAUCGGUGAGCUCGCCCCACCAGAGAUCAGAGGCAAAGUCAUGUCCUUUUGGCAACUGUUCUACAGUGUGGGAUCCUUCCUUGCCUACUGGAUCAACUACGCCUGCCAGCUUCAUGUAGCGAAGCUUGGCGAAUGGGACUGGAAGAUUGUCGUCAUUUUCCAGAUCAUGGUCCCUAUCUAUAUCCUCGUUCUUCUUCCGUUUAUUCCCGAGACCCCACGUUGGUACCUCCAGCACGGCGACCGUGUCGACGAUGCCCGUGCGACACUCCGCCGUGUCCGAGAGACUGAACAAGAAGUUGAAGAUGAGAUCCUCAUGAUUCGUGAGGCUCUCGAGUUUGAGAAGGAAGCCAUCUCUAGCAGCUACUCUGCUCUAUGGAAGGAUCGUUCCGUCCGCAAGCGUCUCAUUUUGGCAUUCAUCCUCAAUGCCGGACAGCAGGUUACUGGCCAAGGAACACUCAACACCUACAGCACUAUCAUUUACAAGGGCGUUUUCAAGUCUCAGUCGCAGAUUUCCCUCAUCAACGCUCUCAACGCUACUUUCGGUAUCAUCUUCACCCUGAACGCAACUUGGACUGUUGACCGCUUCGGCCGCAAGUUUUUGUUCAUCGUGGGUGCUAUCGGAAUGGCUGUCUGUAUGCUGGCUGUGGCGUUAGUGGGAACAAAGACCGAGACGAUCUAUUAUCUAUCUAAGGGCGUGAGCAAGCCGACGAAGGCAGAGCCGGUUGGCAUUGCCAUCACCUUCUUGCUCUUCCUCUUCAUCUUCUUCUACAAGCCCAGUUGGGGAGCGACAACCUGGAUUUGGACCGCUGAAGUUUUCUCCAUGAACGUCCGCGCCCAAGCCGUCGGCAUGGCAUCCCAGACACAGAAUGUCGCAAACUCGAUCUUCCAACAGUUCUUCCCGAUUUUCCUCGCAAACUGCGGCUUCUCGACCUUUUACUUCUUCUUCGCGAUCAACGUUGUCUUGGCUGUGUUCGUCCACUUCAUGAUUCCCGAGACAAGGAGGGUCAGCCUGGAGGAGAUGGAUGUCCUGUUCGGUGGAGCGGAUCACGUCGAGAAGGGAGCUGAUCUGCUUCAUGUUGAGGAUGCUCACCAUGCGGUUCCGGUUCAAGAGAACAAGGGUAGCAGCAUCGAGGCUAACGAAAUCGAGGUCAGCUCGGCUGUGCCGACGAAGACGGUAUAAUUGAGUUGAAGUUGGAAUGUUGUUAGCAGUUUUGCAGUAUUUAAUGUUGAUUUCAUCAAUAAUAGUUUGAAUUCCUUUCUGGU